UACAGACGGCAGUGAACGGAGUACCUACUUCUUCCCGCUUCCAAAUCCACCAGGGUCCUUAUAGUGCGGACCUGAACAACCUACAGCAAGCAGCCCGGUUUACAUUGCUGUAAUUUAAUUGAGUUUUAAACCUAAUUCAUCGACAGACAUGUCUGUUAGAGAAGGAGGCAAGAAGAAGCCGCUGAAGGCACCCAAGAAGCAGAACAAGGACCUUGAUGAUGAGGACAUGGCCUUCAAGCAGAAACAGAAGGACGAUGCGAAGGCGAUGGAUGCCUUAAAGGCAAAAAGCUUCUGGAAAAGGACCUUUAACGGCGGCGGUAUCAAGAAAUCAGGCAAGAAGUAAGGAUAGCCAAACGCUACCAUGACAACCACCUGGUGUGCAACCGACGUCUCAGGUUCCAGCCAUGCCCCUUCCUGUGAAUAUCACCCUCAUGCCCAACCUCCCACAGUUCCAAGACAGGUCUGGGAAAAUAUUAGAGAUCAGUUGUCCAGAACCUUGAAGCUCCAACAUGCAAGAGUCAAAAGCAGAGGCCUGUUACAUGCAUACGGCCCACCUGCCGCCGUCAGCCGCCCUGGUCCGGAAACACUCCUGGCAAAUGUGGACUUGCUCCUCUAUUAACUACUGGAAUCUCAAGUAGCUUUUGAUUUUCCUGAAAAGUAUUGCUGUUGUGAAGAAGAUGUCAAUAAAGUUUUUUUUU